UUUACCGAGUUUGGGACCCAAAUAAAUCUCGUUUAUUGGUGCUAGCCUAGCCAGCUCCAACUCAAGUGCACCCAGUUGACUGAACGAUUUACGCAUCUGCUCUCCAUUUCUUCCUCAACAACGCCAUACAUACCAGACGAGUUAUUCGCAACUUUAAUCUCUUAGCAUCGAAAUGGGGAGUGUCAAUGACGACAAGCUCAGAUUUUGCAUUGACAGAGGGGGAACCUUCACUGAUGUCUAUGCUGAGAUCCCAGGUCAGCCUGAUGGACGGGUUUUAAAACUUUUGUCUGUAGAUCCAUCAAACUACGACGAUGCUCCUGUCGAAGGAAUUCGGAGGAUUCUUGAAGAGUUUACGGGGAAGAAAAUUCCCCGUGCUUCAAAAAUUCCCACUGAUAAGAUAGAGUGGAUAAGAAUGGGUACGACUGUAGCAACUAAUGCACUUUUGGAAAGAAAAGGGGAAAGGAUUGCUCUUUGUGUGACUCGAGGUUUUCGUGAUUUGCUUCAGAUUGGCAACCAGGCUCGUCCCAAGAUAUUUGACCUCACUGUAUCAAAACCAUCAAACCUUUAUGAGGAGGUUAUUGAAGUUGAUGAGAGAGUUGAGCUUGCUCGUGAUAAUGAAGAUUCUUCUUCUUCACCAUCAUUAGUUAAGGGGAUUUCUGGUGAGAUGGUUAGAGUUGUAAAGCCUAUUGAUGUAGAAACUUUGAAACCGUUACUCCAAGGUUUGUUGAAGAAGGGCAUUAGCUGUUUGGCUGUUGUGUUAAUGCAUUCAUAUACUUACCCACAACAUGAAGUAGCGGUUGCAAGCCUAGCGGAGAAUUUGGGCUUCAGACAUGUGUCCUUAUCUUCAGCGUUGACACCCAUGGUUCGAGCUGUUCCUCGGGGUCUAACAGCUAGUGUUGAUGCAUAUUUGACGCCAGUAAUUAAAGAGUAUCUAACAGGGUUUAUGUCAAAAUUUGAUGAAGGGGUGGAGAAGGUGAAUGUUUUGUUUAUGCAAUCUGAUGGUGGACUUGCACCAGAAAGUCGAUUUUCAGGGCAUAAAGCUGUUUUAUCUGGUCCUGCUGGUGGGGUUGUGGGUUACUCACAAACACUUUUUGGGCUUGAAACUGAGAAACCUCUCAUUGGGUUUGACAUGGGUGGCACAUCUACAGAUGUGAGCCGUUAUGCUGGGACUUAUGAACAAGUCCUGGAAACCCAGAUUGCAGGUACCAUAAUACAAGCACCUCAGCUUGACAUAAGUACAGUAGCUGCUGGUGGUGGAUCAAAGUUGAAGUUCCAGUUUGGAUCUUUCCGGGUAGGACCGGAAUCAGUGGGUGCACAUCCUGGUCCAGUAUGUUACCGGAAAGGUGGGGAGUUGGCAGUUACAGAUGCAAACUUAGUUCUCGGAUAUGUAAUUCCUGAUUAUUUCCCACCAAUAUUUGGGCUCAAUGAAGAUGAGCCUCUAGAUAUCAAGGCAACAAGAGACAAGUUUGCAAACCUUGCAAGCCAAAUAAAUUCCUACCGGAAAAGCCAGGAUCCAUCUGCAAAGGACAUGACAGUGGAGGACAUUGCACUGGGAUUUGUAAAUGUUGCCAAUGAGACUAUGUGCCGUCCGAUAAGGCAGUUAACGGAGAUGAAGGGCCAUGAAACAAGGAACCAUGCCCUUGCUUGCUUUGGAGGUGCUGGGCCUCAGCAUGCCUGUGCAAUUGCUAGAUCAUUGGGUAUGAAAGAAGUACUUAUACACAGAUUUUGUGGAAUCUUAAGUGCUUAUGGGAUGGGAUUGGCAGAUGUUGUAGAAGACGCACAGGAGCCUUACUCUGCAGUUUACAGUCUUAAAUCUGUCGAGGAAGCCUCUCACAGGGAAGCUACUUUAUUGAAUCAAGUAAAGAAGAAGCUGCACGAUCAAGGUUUUAAAGAUGAAAACAUGACAACAGAGACAUAUCUGAAUUUGAGAUAUGAAGGUACGGACACCUCAAUCAUGGUUAAGAAACGAAUUUCUGAAGAUGGGAGAGGAUUUAACUAUGAUAUUGACUUUGUGGAACUAUUCCAGCAGGAGUAUGGUUUUAAAUUACUGAAUAGGAAUAUCCUAAAAUGUGAUGUUAGGGUUCGUGGGGUAGGUGUCACUAAUAUAUUGAAGCCCCUGCCUGUGGAAUCUACCUCAUGUUCUCCUAAAGUUGAAGGUAAUUACAAGGUUUAUUUUGGGAGUGGGUGGCAGGAAACACCUCUAUACAAGCUUGAGAAACUCGGGUAUGGGCAUAUCUUGCCUGGCCCGGCAAUAAUCAUGAAUGGGAAUAGUACUGUAAUAGUAGAACCUAAAUGUAAAGCUAUAAUAACCAAAUAUGGUAACAUUAGAAUUGAAAUUGACUCUACUCCAAGCACCAUGAAAGUAGCGGACAAAGUUGCUAAUGUUGUGCAGCUCUCAAUCUUCAAUCAUAGAUUUAUGGGUAUAGCUGAACAGAUGGGAAGGACCCUGCAGAGAACUUCCAUAUCAACCAAUAUCAAGGAGCGGCUAGAUUUCUCUUGUGCCCUCUUUGGACCUGAUGGGGGACUAGUUGCCAAUGCCCCUCAUGUCCCUGUGCAUUUAGGAGCAAUGUCCAGUACUGUCCGGUGGCAGAUCAAUUACUGGGGUGACAACUUGGAUGAAGGAGAUGUUUUGGUCACCAAUCAUCCUUGUGCCGGAGGUAGUCAUCUUCCUGAUAUAACUGUUAUUACCCCUGUAUUUGAUAAUGGAAGGCUGGUGUUUUUUGUGGCGAGUAGAGGGCAUCAUGCAGAGAUUGGGGGUAUUACUCCUGGAAGCAUGCCACCUUUUUCCAAAUCUAUAUGGGAAGAAGGGGCUGCCAUAAAAGCAUUCAAGCUUGUGGAAAAGGGAAUUUUUCAAGAAGAAGGGAUCAUUCGACUUCUUCGAUUCCCCUGUUCUGAUGAAUUGGUUCAAAAGAUCCCAGGCACUCGCAGGAUUCAAGAUAAUCUGUCAGAUCUUCGAGCUCAAGUAGCUGCGAACCAGAGGGGAAUUACACUUAUCAAAGAGCUUAUUGAGCAGUAUGGUUUGGACACUGUUCAGGCUUACAUGACCUAUGUACAGCUAAAUGCAGAAGAAGCAGUGAGAGAAAUGCUUAAGUCUGUUGCUGCUAGAGUUUUAUCUCAGUCGGCUAGUUCUGGAGAUCAGAGUUCUGUUACUAUUGAAGAAGAGGAUUACAUGGAUGAUGGAUCCGUUAUUCAUUUGAAACUUACAAUUGAUUCUGUUAAAGGGGAAGCAAAUUUUGAUUUCAGUGGAACCAGUCCGGAAGUAUAUGGGAAUUGGAAUGCUCCAGAAGCCGUAACUGCUGCAGCAGUUAUAUACUGUCUUCGCUGCUUGGUGGAUGUUGACAUUCCUCUAAAUCAAGGUUGUUUGGCUCCUGUGAAAAUCUAUAUUCCACCAGGCUCUUUCCUUUCUCCAAGUGAUAAGGCUGCUGUCGUGGGUGGUAACGUUCUCACUUCUCAGAGAAUAACUGACGUUGUGCUUACUGCAUUCCAAGCUUGUGCUUGUUCACAGGGUUGUAUGAAUAAUCUCACUUUUGGGGAUAAUACAUUUGGUUAUUAUGAAACAAUCGGAGGUGGGAGUGGAGCUGGUCCAACUUGGGAUGGGACGAGUGGAGUGCAGUGUCAUAUGACCAAUACCCGAAUGACUGAUCCAGAAAUUUUUGAACAGAGAUAUCCUGUUCUUUUGCAUAAAUUUGGCCUGAGAGAGAACAGCGGUGGAGUUGGGUAUCAUAGAGGGGGUGAUGGGCUUGUAAGGGAGAUAGAGUUCAAGCGCCCAAUUGUUGUGAGCAUUCUUUCAGAGAGGCGUGUUCACGCACCAAGGGGGUUGAAAGGAGGGAAAGAUGGUGCUCGGGGGGCUAACUUCCUAAUCACAAAAGAUAAGCGAAGGGUUUAUCUUGGCGGGAAGAACACGGUUGAAGUGCAGUCAGGGGAAAUUCUUCAGAUUUUAACUCCUGGUGGUGGUGGAUGGGGCUCUCCUCGUUGAUGCCGAGUCUUGAUAUGUCUAGCAUGUUUCUCUUUACAUCACUAUCUGGUAAGAUUUUAGUAUUUGUGGUCACCUUCAUGUUUUCCAGUUGAUACUUGGUAAAUUUGAUUUCCAAAUAAAUCCGUCGUGAUAAAAAAUUUGAGAGAACAUAUCAUAAAUUUGAUACUGCAGCUAUUCCAUUUGAUGUUGUUAAUGAAAUAAAAUUCAGUUACCAA